AUGGGCCGGCUAUGGUCCCACAGCCGUUACCAUCCUGGUUAUUUGCGGUCAGGAGAAAAAUACGCGGCCGACGAGGUUGAUUUCUUCGGCGGUCGGGAGGAGAUUCUCGCAGUUUCGGAGGACGGUUAUGGAAUUUGGGGUGCUCGGGAGGACGAUUUCUCAGAGAAAGGUUUUGGUUUUUUACUCGAGAUUCUUCUCCGAGAAAUCGUCGGUCAUUUCGAGAAAGUGAGCCACGCAGUGGAGGGUGGCCACGUUCGAGGCCGUGAGCUCGAUUCUGAAGCUGUAGCUGAAUUUCGCAGCGAGCUCAAACACGUGGGGGCCCGCUGGGGAGUGAGGAUAGGUUGA